GGGGAGGUGCAUAAACUCUGCUAGGGUAUAAUUGCAUGAUUACGCAAACACCUAUUAGAGUAUGUCCUGGGCAAAGGACAAAGGGAGUGUCACCUGUAAGCAGACAGAUCAGUGAGCACAUUUAACCAUAGUGCAUGUGUCUAUUAGCACUAUACGUUUAUCGAUACAUCGAAGCUUUCCUAGCACCCUGCUAAGGUCUCUUCUGGAUACUGUACUGUGGAUGGACUUCUAAUUGAGGAUAGUCGUUCAGGACCAAGUCAGAAGGUUUAGCCAUUAGAAUUAUGGAUGAAUUCCUGAAUGCAAUAGACGGAGUACUAGCACAGCAUGGGGAACCCUUCAGCAACUAUGCCAGUAGACCAAGUGCAAAAAACAUCUAUGAGCAGAGGAAACAGUAUGCAAAGACAGUAUCCAAUGACACCAACAACUUUCAGCAUAGAGUGGAGCAUUUGCUAACAUGUGAAUUGGGCAAUGAUAUAAGAUAUGUAGAGGAUUGUCUGAAACGCCUCCAAAUCUUGAAUUCAGAGGGUAAAGUAUGGGGCCAGGAUAUGAUUCUUAAGGUACAAAAUGGAGAAGUGGUCUUAUCUGACCUGGAGUCAAGGGACAGUCUUGAAAAUAUCCCGUUGCAAUAUAUAGAAAACUGCCGUUCUAAGAUGGGGCACUCCUCCUAUAAUUCUAUUCUUGCAGUUACUGUCCAGAACAAGGGAAAAUCAAGCAUAAUGCUGUUCCAGUGCGAAGAACAACCUAAACCGGAUGGGACUUAUCGAAUGACUGCGGAUUACAGAGGUCUAAACAGAGAGGCACCUCCAUUAAAAUCAGCUUUACCUGAUAUGAUCUCCAUCACAGAGAAAAUAGCCAAAGAGGCAGGAGAAUAUCAUGCUGUGAUAGACUUGGCUAAUGCUUUCUUUUCAAUCCCAAUAGAGCCAGAGUGUCAAGACCAGUUUGCCUUUGUGUGGUACAUCCGCCAGUACAUUUUCACUGUGCUUCCUCAAGGAUACCUUCAUUCACCAACAAUUUGUUAUGGACUGAUUGCUCAAGAUUUGAGCACCCUGAAGUUGAAAGUCGCUAUGUUUCACUACAGUGAUGACAUCAUGAUCUCUGGAACCGGAGGAUAUUCACCUAUUUCACAAAGGAAGUUUGAACCAGGGUCUGUAACCUUCCAGCCACCAUUUCAUACUCAGUCACCAGGCAACCAAGCAGAAGACAUAAAACGUGAUAUUGAAGUGUUAAAUCAUGUUCUUGGUGAUAUCGAAAUAUUUGUUGGAAAUUUGGAUUUAUAUAAAAAGAAAAAAAAAGGAAAAACUGCUAUUCCAGAAUCAGAUUUUUUGGACUGCCUUCAGAAGAUAAAAUACGCUUUUAAUUUAUUGGCAAAAGUCCAAGACCAUAUGUUCCAGCCAACUGCUGCAGACCUGGUCCAUAUGCUAUUUAAUAUACUUCCCAAGAUCCUGUCCAACUGCCCCAGGAAGGACAUGUCUAGUUCUGUGCUGUCUCCUUUUCCAACACAAAAGGCUUUGCUGUUGUUGAGCUCAUGUGUGUCGGAUAAAGAAAGAAAGCUAUGGGAAAACUUAGGGGAUGCUUGGUUAAGAACAAGAGCUGAUUGGCCUAAUGCAAAGAUGAUCCCACCAUAUACACCAGUAUUCUCAGAUGGAUGGAUUCUUCCAGACAUAAAUACAGUAAAUGAACAGCCACAGCAUUCGGGAACUCCCGAACGCCACAGAAACUUUCAACAAACGCCCAUAAAAGUUCUUUACGACUUUGAAGCCAGGAAUCAACGUGAACUGUCAGUGAGGAAAGGAGACAGAGUAAAGGUUCUAGAUCAGAGCAGGCAGUGGUGGAUGGUUGAGAAUGUACAGGGGCAGAGAGGUUUCAUCCCAAACAACAUACUGGAGAGCACAGACAAUGGACAGUUGCCUGGACAAAUACCAACAUCAAUAAAACCCCAUUCAACUCCAGGAGAAGUGACAGCAUGGUUACAAAAUAAGGGAUUUUCAAGAAUCACUGUGAAGUGCUUAGGAAUUCUGACAGGUAAUCAGCUGCUGGAACUGUCUCGUCAGGACCUGAAGGCCGUUUGUCCUGAAGAAGGUGGCCGCGUAUUUACUCAACUGAACGACAUUUGAUCAUCUCUAGAAAUAUAAGCACUUGGUGAUCCAGGAAUGAUAUUUCUAAUGGAAGAUAUAAUUUUAAGACGUAAAACAAUACAAAGUUCUUACUAAUUACUAUUUAAAUUGUAAUGUGCUGCUGA